AAAACUGGAUUUAAAUGUUUACUUAUAAUUUAUAUUUACGAAUAGAUAUGUAUGUAUACAUAUAUUAAUUUAUGUAUUCAUUUAAAAAAAAUAGAUGUAGUUAUAAAGACUAAAGUGCUCCGAUGAAGUAGAAAGUAUUGUUUUUACAUGUGUCGCUUGGUAUUAUACUCAACAAUUCCGUAGGUGUAUAUUCAAAAAUAUAGAAAAACGAUUUCGUGCAAAGCAAAGUUAGCGAUAUGAUACCAAGUUAUUAACUCCUUCUACUUAUUUUUCAGAUUAAAAUAUUCAGAGAAUUCGUAUUCUAUUGAUAUUACUCCGGAUCAUUGAACCUAACCUUGAUUUACUUGGAUAUAAAUAUUCGGAAUUGAAAGACUCACUUUAUAAAAGGAAUUCCAAUUUCAACGACUAGAUUCAAUGAAACUUCACAUGAUGACACAUGGAGAUCCGCAGCAAUACGAGGAAGAUGCUGGGAAUGUAGUACCCAUGUUUCACAAUCAUAACAGCUCUCCGUUUUACCACAUCGGGAAUAGUUACGACAAGGGAUCCUAUUCCGGGAAAUAUUAUAAUUCGCCGGUGAACAGUAUGCCCGAUAAUCGGUACAAUAACACAUCUCAGAGUAACUCUCGUGAGACCGCAGAUACUUAUUCGUCUGAAUGCGAUGCAACGAAUAUGACAAAUGACGACCUACUGCUACGAGUAGCGGAAGAACAACUGCGACCCCUUAUCAAAGAAGAAUUACGCUACACCAUUCAGAGCAAACGAGCUGCCAAAGGAUUGCCUUCCCAUGUGGAAAUUGAGUACAAAGUUGCUCAGCCUGAGCCUGAAACUCCAGCAAUGUCGAUGAAAAGGCAAAGACGAAGGGACAGAAAUAAAAUUGCCGCAGCUAAAUGCAGAUUCAAGAAGAAAAUACUUUCUGAGAAAUUAUUAGAGGAAUCAGAUCAUCUUGAGACACAGAAUCAUAAGUUGAAAACAGAAGUUCAGCGUCUACAAGAUGAAAGACAAAAGUUGAUUUAUAUUCUCAAUUUGCAUCGACCGACUUGUAUUGUUCGUAGCCCAUCGUGUUCGUCGCCUACAAACGAAGAAUGUUCAACAUCCAGCUCUCCCGGAUUUAGUCAGACGCCGACACAUGGAGAACACAGCAAAAAUUGUAACGGCAAAUUAUCGCUAAAUUCAAGAUCGUCUUCGUUGGAAGAUGAUGCAAUAAAUCAUUUAACAUCUACCUUCACAUUUCCACCGUUUAGCACUGGAAAUGAAUCCAUAAAUACGCCGAUACAUAGGAGUGUUAUUGUGCGAAGCGAUUCAAUGCAAGCGUCAUCGUAAACUGAGCCCUGGGCAACUAGAACAUUGAAGCGCUUGGGUGAGACACCUAACAAAAUGGCGGAUGAAGCAGCAACUUCUAACAAGCGCAGAUAACGAAAGAGCUAAUGCAGCUCUUCAAUAUGCGAUCAACUAAAACCGGUGAGAUGUAAUUGCGCUUUCUUUCUUUCUUGACAUUUUUAUACGAAGCCUUUUGUGAUAAAUAAAUUCUAAUGACUUACCACCAUUUCGGGCUGGCCCGUAUCGGCGGCAGUGAUAGGUUAGCAUUGAAUAGUCCAGUAUAGGCUAUUAUUGCAGAAGAAAUAAUUUUGCGACCAUCAAACGUUGUAAAUCUUACGAGAAUAAAAUUCUCACUUACACAAAAUUCAUUGCCUGACUCUUUAAACCUGAUUCAAGUUCCACUUAUUCAACGUUUUAUUAGACAACGCAAUAUAGCCGUAUGUAAAAUUCGAAUUAAGAAUAUAUAGUAUACUAUACUAAGUGAAAGACGGGGAGGCUGGGUACUCUAUACGCACUGUUUAGUAUUUGUAUCAAAGGUGAAAUGCUAAAAAUAUUUAUUAUUUCAAAACAAAAUUUUUUAUUUCAAUUUGUGUCGUCAUGUGACGUAUAUUUUAGAAACAGAACAAAUUAUAAUAUUGUUUUAUUGAACAUCAGUCUUGCAAUUUUUAAACCCUAAUUUAUUGUUUUAUUCGGCAUCUUACUAAAUUUUGCUGGCCAUAUUGUGUUAAUGAUUAUGGUGCUUUUGCUACUUUUUAAUUUAUUCUUAUCGAACAAGAACUCGUAUUUAUACAUCUGCCUACAAAAAUUUCUACAUACAAUGCAGUUCAAAAUGAAGCUAUGAAAUAUGAUAAAACUUCGUUUGUUUUUAUUUGUGAGUAUUUGGAAAAUAUAAACCAGGUAUUUUGGAGGCAUUUACUAUAGUAUCUAUAGCUAAAGAUCGUAAAUUGGCGAUUUGUUGCCUAAUAUGUGUAAAAAAACGAAUUAGUUGUAUGUGAGGGGGAGCGCUUUCAAAUUAACGUAACGACGAAUAUACAGACGACAACUAUACAGCCGAAAAAAUAGAAACAAAUCCAGUGAAAAUUUGAAUACCAAUAUCGAAGUCAUAAAAAACGUAUAUGCAAAUCAUUCCUAAGAACGAGCGCAGAAGAUAAUUUACAAAUGAACUUUCAGCGUGGUUGUAAGUUAAAAAGGAAAUAGAGAAGAGAUCGAAUCUUACAACUAGUUCUCGUGCUCCGAACGAUGCUGAACGACAAUAUCAGUGAUUAGUUAUCAUAUUUUAGAAUAUUCGCUAAUGGUGUUUGGGAAUUUGAAUGAGUCAAAUUAGUCUAUGAUAAAAGAAGCUAGCACCUUCAAGAAUCGUCUUUCUUUCAUUUCAAGGCUGAAUAACACAAGAUGCAGUUACUGUUA